AUGCUGAUGAUCCUGGCCCGAUUGGUUCGCGCAGAAAGCUUCUGGGCGGUCGUUAAGGUUCGCUCCCCGCACACCGGCCCGGAAGUAUGGUACCCUAGAGAGGCGCUGCUCGACAACUUGCAGCGCGGGGGGCUCCUGCAGACGCACGCCAUGGUGCGUAGCGCGAUCUUCGAUCACUUUGCCUACACGCCGCACCUCGAGUGCGCCGUGCUGCUGCGCCGCCGCACUCACUGUGUGAAUAGACCUCUCUGGUCAACUGAUUCCUCUAACAACAAAAAGUGGCCCUCUCUUAUGUGCACCCCUCGGCAGCGCGGUAAAGCCCGGUACGAUAAACGAUACACGGUCUACGAUAAUCAUACACUGUGA